AUGGCAGACCCCUUGUCCAUCGCAGCGAGUUGCGUGGGUCUCAUCACAGCCGCGGGAGCGACCGCCAAGGCCGUGUCGGCCUUCGUCAGAGACUGUCGCGAGGCGCGCGCCGACCUGACGACCGUCGCGCGCGAGCUGGCGGACCUGCAGAUCAUCUUGGAACUACUCCGGGACGACGGCGACGGCGGCCAUCUGCCACACCCUUUGCGGGCGCAGAUUGUCUCCAUCGUCGACAGCUGCGGCGGCGUCAUCCAAGGCAUCGACGCGGUGCUGGAGCGCCACAAGGGGAGGAGGGGCCCCUUGCGCUGGGCGAUCGACGGCAAGAGGGAGGUAGAGGCUCUGCAGAGGGGUCUGGAGGCCUAUAGGAGCUCUCUGAGUCUGGCUGUCGAGACCGUGACUCUAACCUUGGCCAAGAGUAUCAAGAACGACACAGAAGUCAUCCGAGAUCAGACCAAAGUUGUACCUGCCAUAAAAGAUGACACGGAGAGAAUCUUGGAGGAGAUUGAGCACCUCCGAGUCUCACUUCCUGGGGAAGGUCCAGCGUGGAGCACAAAUGCCAGGCUCGAGGAAUAUCUCGACGGAUUAACGAGCUACGCCGAGACGGUAUGCGACGAAGUGGUCUGGGAGUCAGAAGAAGAGGGAGACGCAACCAACCCCGAGGAUGCGCCAACAGAAGAUGGCUCAUCCACUCUCCAACCCGAAGAAGAGGAUCCCGAAGAGGGGAUACCCGAAGAAGAGAAGCCCGGCAGGAAAGACCCGCCGCCGGCAUCAGAGCCCGGCGCGGCCGAUUGCCACGGCUGCGGCUCGUCGACCAACGAGACAGGCGACCCUUUGCAACUCUUGAAAUGCGGCCACCGCCUCUGCGACGGCUGCAUCUAUGCGCGGUUCUCGGCCUCCAUGCUGAAGGAGUCGACCAAGAGGCCGCGGUGCUGCGAGGCGGCGAGCGUCUUCCCGGGCCACGCGACUCACCUGCUCGACAAGCAGUUCAAGAGGCGGUGGAACCGCAAGUUUGGCGACUGGACGGCGUCGACGGUGACGUGCCCGGCCGCCAAGUGCCGGCGGCGCCGGCGCAUCAUGGUCGACAACUGGAAGCGCGAGCUGAUCUGGUGCGGCGGCUGCAGCGCCAAGAUCUGUACCCGGUGCCAGGACAGGUGGCACGUCGCGGCGGUCCCGUGUCAACAGGGGCCGUUUUGA